AUGUCUAGUGACGGUCCCAGUCAGGCCUUACCCUCUGGUCACCGACCCUCUAGUGUGUCGGCUUUCAGUGCGGCUUCCUCCAGAGCGACCGUGGUGCCGAGCCACCCUCACUUGGUGACACCAGCGGUGAUACGGUCUACCAAUGCCACACAGGAAGCCGAGGCCUUGCUGAGCUAUACCAAAGGCCUCACAGUGGACACGGCGGCAUGUAGAGCUAUUCGACUCCUGGCAUGUAAACGGCUCGCGGCCGACACAGAUGAGGAUCUUUCUCCUCUACUAAGGGACGCUUACUGUACUGAUUUUGAGGUCGAUGAUGAUAUCGAGUCAUAUAGUGAUGGUAACACUAGGGGAGGAGAUAACCUCGAGGCAGACGACUUAGUGGAAGCGGCACCGACUGACGGCAUUGUUGCGGAGGAAUUGACGAAGCCAGAGCUCAAUGAUAGAGAGCGGCUCUUCGAAGGGUUAAGGGAUAGAAAGCGACCAACGAGUGAUGAAGGCGGCGAUCGAGGUCGAUCUGGAUUGCUUGACGAGAUGCUUGAGCUCACUGGUCAUGUGAGGGAUAGUGCUAAUAGACAACGAGAGACUUUGGCGAAGGACAAUGCCAACUUAGAAUUGACCAAGAAGUUACAAGGCCAGCAUCUUGAUAGUAUGACCAAAGAAAAUCAGCGGGCAACUCAGUUGUUAAAAGCUCGAAGACUCGGCUUCUUCACAACGAUCAUCUUAGUGCUGAUUAGCAUCAUUAUGUAUUGCUUCAUGGUCCCCUUCAUCUUCUACACGAAGGUUUUGCCAGGCAACUAA